AUGGACGCAUCAUCUUCUGCACUGAUAGAAGGCUUGCGGGCAGCUGUCGAGGCCAAGGUGAAAGAUCUCAGUGGGCAAUUCGAUCCCUCUCCCCGAUCUCUUGUUGGGUCAGGCGGCUACUCCACUGUCUAUAUUGCAACUUGGAGGUCUCCUGAAUGUGAAGAACCAGUGAAGGUUUGCUACAAGGAGCUUCGUCCACCUGUGAGUAACAUGCGUGAAGCUGUGGAGAGGACAAGGAAAACGGUCAAGUACCUUACCCGUGAGAUGGGAGUUUGGAGCAGAUUGGAUCACCCUCAUAUCCUCAAGUUCCUUGGAUUUGCCGUCGAAGGGGAUGGAUGCGAUGUAAAGGGUAUACUGGUUUCUCCUUGGUGUCCAAAUGGGAGUGUACUCGAGUAUCUAGAGAAGAACCCACAUGCAGAAAGGAUUGAUUUGGCAAGGGGUAUCGCGAAAGGACUUGACUAUUUGCACCAUUUGACGCCAGCAGUUAUUCACGGAGAUCUCAAGCCUGCAAAUGUUCUCGUUAGCGAUGAUCACAAUGCAAUAUUAUGCGAUUUCGGGCUGUCCCGCUUUAGCAGUGAACUCACUACGGGUCAAACAUCCUCAGCUGCUGCUUUCACGAUCAGGUUCACGCCCCCGGAGGUAAUAUUAGAUGAAGAGAGGAAGAGCACAGAAAGCGAUGUCUAUUCAUUUGCAUGCACAUGUAUUCCGAUAUUAUUCGGAAAACAACCAUUCUCUGGUCUGAAUGACAUCCAAAUAGUUGCGCGGAUCCCGAAAGAAGUCCCUUGGAACUGGGAUCUCAAGGACCCGCUGCAAUGCACUUUGUCCGACUGCUGUUCCGUGGUAACCGAGAAUCGCCCCUCUAUUCGGAAGGUCCUGCAAACUGCUGCAUUUGUUGGAUCCUCCCUGCCUCCCGAAGUUGCCCACGAACUAAACAUGUCCAACGUCGUAAUGCCGCAGCUCUUCUCAACGCUUCAAGUGCCCAAUGUUGACGCAAGAAGGAUCCCAAUCCCUGAAAACGGUGUCAUUGCUGCCAUUCAUGUCACAGCAUUCCAAGGCGCAAUCGAUACGCUGCUGAGCGUCGCCAGAUCUGGCAAUCCUAGUGAUGUCCUUACGUCGAUGAAGGCUGUUGAGGUUGCAGUGGAUGCCAUCACCGACGACGUGAGAGCAUUUGAGCUGUCAUCUCCCCGUGAUAUUAGUAGCGAGACCAUUCCGAGUUGGUACCUCCGGGAACGUGUCCAUGCAGCGCUCAGGAAUUUCGUAUCUGCUGCGCAACAACAUGCGUCUGGUUUCGGCUUAUCGCCAAUCAGUCUUAUGGACGCGGCUGCCAGCCACGUAUCUUCAACCAUUAUCGAUCUAGUUGAACGAAACACCCCGUCGAACGAGCGUGAUUCUAUCCGGUUUCCUACACAUCACUCAGGUAGACGCCGCCCAUUCCAUCCUACUAUCCUUCGUUCCCUACACGAGGUAGCACAAAGGGUGCAGCGUAUGCGAACGGCGGCAGAGGCUUUGACACCCCUCCCGGACCCGGACCACCUGGAUCGAGCCAUCAGCCAGAGUGCCCCCUAG